AUGGCUGGAUACCUCCCACCACCGGCGGCACCACACGACCAGUACCAUGGCGUGUGGCAGCGGCAGUGGGGGACCUGGGUGUCCGAAAUCAUCAUCCGGAACACCGGUCAAUGCCACUGGCUCGGCACGUUCCAGUCAGCGCGGAAGAUGGCAUGGACGCACAAGGUCGCCAAUGUACAAUUCCACUGCUUCGACUACAGGGUUCUCAACUUCCCCCUCGAGAGCGAAGCCGUGCCGGAGCUCCUCUCCCCUCCGAGCCACAGCCGCGUCGCGCACAUCACUCGGGAGGACCGAGAGGCUCGGAUGGGAAACAAGGCCGAGGCCGCCGGCGAGAGGUAUAUGGCGGAGGCGCAGCUCUCCGCGAAGUGCACCACUGGUAAUCUUUUUUCUAGUAGUGUGGGACCUUCUUCUUCGACGGUGGCCUCGUCUUCCUCUGCAACAGCGGCAUCUUACUCCGUACCGGCGCAGGCCGUUAUCAACCUCUGCGACAACGACGACUCCGACGACUCCUUCAACGCCUGGCUCGACGACCUCGACGACUAG